GGCGCAGCCGUAGUCGGAAGUCUAGUUGCGGCCAUGUUUGUGUGUUUUUCUUUCUUUUUCAGGCUGUUCGAAACGUCAACAGCACACACGUUCGGUUCGCGGAGAACAUUUUUCGUCUUUUUAGCCAUUAAUUGCACUUCAAAAUGCCACAGGAAAUUAAAGAAGUGAAAGAUUUCUUGAUCAAGGCUCGCCGGAAGGAUGCCCGUGCCGUCAAGAUAAAGAAGAAUGAAAACAACACUAAAUUCAAGAUCCGUUGCUCCCGCUAUCUGUACACCCUGGUCGUUCAGGAUAAGGAGAAGGCAGAGAAGCUGAAGCAGUCUCUGCCACCGGGUCUGCAGGUUAAGGAAGUCAAGUGAAUCGGCGCGUUUGUUAAUGUCUUGUUCGAUGGUUCUGUGAACUCUCAACAUGAAGUGGUAAAGCAUAGACCUUAUGUGGACAUAUUUCAAUAAAGGUUUGAACGAAGAGAAUUCGCUAAAGAG